AUGUCACUUUCGAAGGAUGACAAUUGCUACGUAGCGAAUGCUCGUAUGGCAGCAGGGCUUGACAAUGUCAUUCGUUGUGCCUCUACGGAUGUGUUGGCAGGCGCUGAUACUUCUGGCAGUGACAUUGGCACCUUUGAUGCGGCGAUUCUGAGGCAAGCUGGACUGAUAUUCGACCUUCGAUCACCCAGCGAGCGCAAUGAAGCGCAAGCGCAAACUUGGAUGUCAACGGUCGCGAAUGAACCCUUUGUUGUAAAGGAGCUCGACACGGAAAUAUCCUACUCCGAAGCCGAGCUCAGUGGGCUAUUACAAACCAAUCCACGCCUGGUUGUUCGGUUGGAUGUCCUCUCGCCCAGCCGAUUUAUGAGUCAUCUGGAGCAAAAUUGGUUGACACCCGGCCAAACAAUGCAAGCCAAUCUCUUCAAGAUUGUGGAUGGAAACAGACUCCACAAUCUACGCAUGGAAACUCUCAAUUCCAAAGGGCUCUUGGGUUUGAACGAGGCAAUUCUGGAAACAGGAAAACAAGGGCUCUGCACGGCCCUGCAACUCAUUACGCUGCACUUGGAACAACAAGCCAAGAAUGAUAAUGUGGAAGAUAGUAGCCCCAAAAACUUUGAUCUGAUUGCCAUUCAUUGUGUUCAAGGCAAGGACCGGACAGGUUUGCUAGUCAUGCUGUGUCAAGCUAUGAUGGGGGUAUCGGAUGAUCAUAUUAUUGAGGACUAUUACAAAUCACAUAACGUCAAAGGUCGUCGCAAGGAACAAAAGACAUCCGCUGCCAUGGAACGUGCCACCGCCACCACGAGUAAUAAGAAGAAAGCUUCUGCUGAAGUCAAGCUGGAUCGGUCAAUUUUCCACUCGGCUCCAAGAGAAGUUAUGCAAGCCACGGUCGAGUACCUACGAUCCAACUAUGGCUCGAUUGCGCCAGGUUAUCUGGAACAAAUUGGGUUUGAUGCUUCGUGGCAACAGAGGUUUCAAGUGGCAGCCUCCGGUAGGAAGGCCCCAGCACUGCUAAGCAAGUUAUAG